AAAUGUCGUAGUUUGAUAAUUGUGAUUGCGUCUGUUUAAUGUAUUUCAUGUUAUAAAUUGUACAAAUUUUUUAAUCAUUGUUGAUAAUGCCAAAACAUUCCUUAUAUAUUAUAAUGAAAGAAAAGAAAAUAUGAAUUUUUGAAGUAUUUUUUUGUUUAAUGUAAAUUCAGUGCUUUUGUGUGUGUGUGAGUGUAGGUCUCAAGUGUGCUGCGUCGGUGAUUCAUUUCAUAGAGUGAAAUAUCAGAAAUACUAUGUGAUUAGUGGACAGACUAUUUGGUAUAAGAAAAAUACUUUCCCUUAGUAAAUUAGAAGAAAGCUAGAUUGAAAAGUUUGUUUUUUUUUUCUUUUUACUAAAUUGAAAGAAAUUUCCUCAAUUGAAAUUCAAAACGAACGCGAGUAAUGUCAAAAUCGAAGGGAGUAUGAAGGUGACCGUGUGCUUUGAUAAUGUGCGAGUGGUGGUUCCCUGUGGGGAUGGAACAUUGUUUGUUAAGGAUUUAAUGCAUGAAGCAACGUUACGUUAUAAAAAAGCAACUGGUAAAAGUGAUAGUGCAUUAACAAUCAAUAGUCUGUCGUCUUUAACGGGUGGUGGUCUUCUCGAUCCCGAUGACAGGUUAUGCGAUGUAGCUGACGACAGAGAACAAAUAGUCGCGCAUUUUAUUUAUUCCGAUGUUAUUCAUGCUGGGGGCGAUGGUGCUAGUUCAGUUGGGACAAAUAGUCCUGAUUUUUUUCACGGAGGCGAUGGACAUCAUCAUCAUCAUCACCAUCAUCAUCAUCAUAAUCCGCAAUCGAGCAAUAUUAAGAGAGAAAGUACAAAGAGGUUAUCGAUGCAUGUACUUUCAACAAGAGAGCCAUAUCUCACAACUUAUUCGGCACAAUCAUUACCGCGUGAAUCACGUCGAAAAGAACCAUUAGGACAGGAUGCAAAAUCAUUUUAUGAAUUGUCAAAUUUUCCCCUUCCAAUUAAUGACGAGAUACGUGAAAUUAUUAUUAAAAAUGAAGCUGGUCCAUUGGGAUUGCAUGUUGUUCCUUGUUAUGAUUUAUCGGGAAAUGAUCAGGGUCUUCGUGUUGAGGGAAUUGAGCCAAAUGGAAGGAUAGCAAAGGAUGGUCAAAUUGAAUUACAUGACAAUAUUAUUAAAAUAAAUGGUCACAAUUUAUUGCGUAUGCCUUUUUCUAAAGUUCAGGAAAUAUUUCGAACGUGUAUGAGUGAGCCUUGUUUAAAUAUAUCGGUAUUGAAGCAUAAAAAGAAUGUUGAUAAGCCUCUGCCUAAAAGUCCAGGUAGUGAAAAAGUAGAAAGUGAGGAAAAUGUUAAAAAAUUACAGGGAACGAAUUAUAAUAUUCUUCAAACGGCAAAUACUCGAAAAAUAGGGAAAAUGAUUGAAAUUGAAUUGACCAAGGGAAGUAAUGGUUUGGGUUUUAGUGUCACUACACGUGAUAAUCCAGCUGGUGGUCAUUGUCCAAUUUAUAUAAAAAAUAUUUUACCAAAAGGUGCAGCAGUUGAAGAUGGACGAUUAAAACCAGGUGAUAGAUUAUUGGAGGUCAAUAAAAAGGAAAUGACGGGCAAAAGUCAAGAUGAAGUUGUUGCUUUAUUGAGAAGUAUUUUACCAGGUGGUAAAGUAAAAUUAUUGGUAUCACGUCAGGAGGAAGUAUCAGCAAAUACAUCUGAUACACAAAUUGGUGUCAUCGAUUCAAUAAAUACAUCGAAAAAUUCUCAUCGUUCGCCAAUAAAAAAAAGUGAUGAAGAAAAAUUGGAUUCAUAUACAAUGGAUAAAUUUAAUUUUAAAACAAUUCAAAUUUCCGAUGAAGUUAUUUUAUCACCUAAAAAAAAUCGAAUGAUUUUAACUUUAGACAUUCCAGUACAUGAUUCCGAGAAAGCAGGACUUGGAGUAAGCGUAAAAGGUAAAACAAGUAGUAAUGACGAUAAUACUAACGUUGACUUAGGUAUAUUUAUUAAAAGUGUUUUACACGGCGGAGCGGCAUCCAGGGAUGGUCGUUUAAGAACAAACGAUCAACUGCUCAAUGUGAAUGGAGUUUCCUUAUUAGGACUUUCAAAUUCCGAUGCUAUGGAAACUUUGAGACGUGCUAUGCUCAAUACUAAUAGUUCAGUAACUGGAGUUAUUUCACUGACGAUAGCGAGACGUGUAUCUUCAUACGACAAUUGUGACAAAAAUUUUAUUGAUACUCCUGGUAAAUUAGAAUCAGCUGUAUACAUUUCAGAUUCCACGAAACGUAAUGAAAGUAAAGAUAAAAAUAAUCUCAAUUCACCAUCGGAUGCAUUGGAUAAUGGUUCUUUGCUAUCGUCAGCUUCAGCUUCGCCUUGGAAUCCAGUUAUAGAUAGAUUAACUGAACAAUAUAAUAAAAAUAGUUUGCGCAAUGAAAGUUAUUGUAUUGCCACUAAUAAAAUAUGGAUGGAUUCGGCGAGUAAUGUUAAUAUUAAAAAAUUAACAUUACCACAAAAUGGUGAUUCAGUAUUAAUGGAAGAUUCUAAUCAUGAUAAUCACGGUAAUGAAAUAAAAAGAAAUUCCGAAGAUAAGGACAGUCAGUAUUCGGGUGAUCCAACGUACGAUAGUCAAUUGUCAUUAGAAGAAUUUAAUUCAUCAACAAAUAAAUUUUCUCGUGACGCUUUAGGUCGACAGAGUAUGUCUGAAAAGCGACACGCUGUUCUUGAUGCUAAAAAUACUGAUACCUAUAAGAGAAAUAAAAAAUUACGCGAAGGCAGAGAAAAUAAAAGUGCCGAGCAUAAUAGCCAUUCAGAGAGUAUUGGAGAUGAUAAAAAACGUGGUUACAGUGUUGAAAAACUUGGUGACAAAGUAGGGGAAAGUUCAUCGUUUGAUAGUAAUAGAAAACAUUACGAUAAGAAAUUUGUGGACCAACCUCAAUCAGAGUAUUUAUAUACAAUUCCAGGAUGUAAUAACAAGCAUUCAUCACCUCGUAAACAUUGGCUUGUUGACGAUGUUCACAGUAAUAACAUUCCAAAUGCAAAUAAUUUUAACGAAGCAAGAGAAGGAUUCUCCAACACGCGAGGCGAUGUCAAGCAGGCGUCAUUAAAUUCAGCAUUGGAUGAUCGAUACAAACGUUCAAGAAAAAAAGGUGGAAUUCGAUCAAUGCUACGUUUAGGAAAAAAUAGAAAGUCACUUAAUUUUGGCGAUAAUUUAGAAAAUCGCCAUGAAACUAAUAAUUAUUGUAGUGGAACAAUUAAUUACAUUUCGUAAUUAUUAUUU